AUGGAGGAUGAACUUCCUCUCCCUGGUUCCCGAGGAGCCUACAACAUUGAUUUUGACAAUUUGGAGGACAUGAACCCAUUCCAGUCCAACACCAAACUGGGAUCCUCUCCACCGACCACAGACAACGCCAUCAAUCCUUUCCAGUCGAGGAAUAAAUUAAGGUCCUCCCCACCCCUCAAUGACUGCAAUGAAAACCAGAUUAAGACAGAUAGUGAGGCACUUGUGAAUGAAAACUCAGAAAUGGACAACGGUGAAAGUAGUAAGGAAAAUGAGUCUUCAAAUUCGAAAGGAACUAAAAAUCUUCACUCUCCAGAUGAAGGGUCAGAGGUCAACCCCGAAUCUAUGGAAAUGUCUGAUUCUAGUCCUCAAAAAGAGAGCCCUAAGAAAGCACCCAGUACGAAAAAAACAACAUCUCCAAAGAAAGGAAUUAAAAAGCCAAAAAAAUUCAAACCACCAGCUAACUUUGGAUUUCAGGGUGGAGGAGACAUAGAAAUAUUUGCCCCACCCCCAAAAGAUACCACCCAGACAGAAUCUGUAACUGAGGAAAAUAACAAACCUAGUUUAGAUGAAGUAAUUGAGACAACCAAUAAGACUGCUGCACCGAAUGAUGAAAAAGUGACCAAUCACAUGGCACAGAAUGCAUUGGAAGCACCCACUCAGAUGGCUCAGAGUCUGGAGAUGGUCCAUGAAUUUGGUGCGGGGGAGAUGCCUGAGGAAGAUAACGAAGGAUUUGCCACAGCACAAACAGGAAUAGAUGACCAUUCAGCCUGGGAGAUGUUGGACACGUAUGGAACUGAAGGAAAGUGUGAGGAUGGAGAAGUGAGUACAUAUGGUAAGGAGUUCACACAGCCUGAGGAACAAGCUGGGGAGACAGAAGUUAGUUCUGUGGAAGCCCUGGCAGAUUCUGAAGACAUUAUCAACAGCCCCCCAGCGUCGUUAAUGACCACACCCAAGUCAUCGUCUCGUGUUCCCAAACACCCGGCCGCCCGAGUCCUAGAGGAAAACCUCGAGGAGAAUGGGGGUGUAAAGAAGGGAGGUAACAAGCGCAACGGUGAUGAAGCUGAAGAACUGCGAUACUACGAUGCUUACGAUUAUCCGCCAAGACAGGAUGGAAAAGAAAUGAUGGAGGAAAGAUCUCCAGUAGAUAACAACAUAGUCCACCUGGUCCAGGAACAGAACAGCAAUAACAAGGUGCUAAAAUACUCCCAGUCUGAUGUCAACAAGAUAAAGCAGGAGCUAGAGCUAGAUUUCCAGGCUCGUCUUCUCAACAAGGAGCGAGAAUGGAGUCAGAAACUCGGGGCUCGAGACAAGGUCAUCACAGAGCUCAAUGAACAAAACAGGCUGUACAAGUCAACCAAUGAGGACAUGAGGGCAGUUGUUGCUGAGUUUGAGAAGACUAUUGCCCAGUUACAAACGGAAAAAGAGAAGACACAUUCUGAAUCACAACAAACAUUUGAGGAGGUUGUAAAAGAACGGGAUCAGGCCAUAGAAGAUUUACAGGGAGUCGAAGCCUCGUUUUCAGAUUUACACCGACGUUACGAGAAAACAAAAGGCGUUGUAGAAGGAUUUAAAAAGAAUGAGGAAGUGCUUAAAAAAUGCAUCCAGGAUUAUCAAAGCAAGCUGAAAGUGGCAGAAGACAAACUACAGGACUUUAUUCAAGAGGCGGAGGUCAAAAUUGAAGAAGCUACAGAGGAAAUGGAAAAGACCCGUAAAUCUGCAUCGUCAGACAUCGCUCGUCUGGAGGCGGCCGUCAAAAAGUCAGACCUUCAGGUCCAAAGUCUACAGAAAUCACUGGAUCAAAAGAUCAAAGAGAAUGAGGAGUUGACCUCAAUAUGUGAUGAACUAAUAGCCAAAGUGGGAAGCUGAAACAGUAUCAUCACUAUCUCAUGACACAUGUGGAUGCCCCUAGGUCAUUUCAUUGGAGAAAGGAAUAUCCCUACCAAGUUUCAUGUAAAUUGGUUUAGAAUUGGAGAAAGUAAUGAUGAUAAAUGCAAAAUAGAAAUAUAUAAGUAUGGGUGAAGAUAUAUAUGUUGGAAAAACUGUUGUAGUUCAUGAAAGAAAUGUUUGAAAAAUCAUUGAUGUACAUGUAGUUAUAAACCGCCCAUGAUUUUUACUCCAGCUUUUUAAAACACAUUGAUAUUUAAUGCUAACAUAAUUUUACCCUGUGAGUUUCUUGCCUUGAAGAUAUUUUGAAAUUGACUUGAUGUAUGAUUGGUUUGAAAAGUUCUGCACUGCUUUUGAAUACUAUGCUAAUUUAAACCUUAAAAAUGCUUGCUGCUUUAGAACACUAAAUGUACAUGUAGUUUUAAAAUAACAUACUCAUCUUUUAUGGAUACAAUAUCAGGUUAAAUGUUUGAUUUGUAAAGAAAUAUCUGCAGAUACUGCAUGGGUAUAUCUUGUGAUAUGGUUAAACCAUUUUUUUGUUCUCGUUUACGAUAGAAUAUAUAUAAUAUUUAAAAUAUGUUGAAAAUAUUUUUCUAUGCGUUAUCUGACUUUGUUGUCUUUUAAUACCAUGCAGAUUUUAUUUCCUGCGAAAAUGAUAUUUCAUUGAUAUGCACCUUGAAUUGUUACAUUGUUAAUUUCUGAUCAGUUGAUUUCAAUGUUAUAUGUAAUGAAAACAAGAAUGAACAUUAAUAAUCCUUUAAAGCUUACCUUGCUCAUUAAAUCUAAACCAUAUAUGAUGGAUAUUUUUCCAGUUAAUGAAUGUUUUCCCCCUUAUUAUAAAAGAACCUCAGAUAAUUCAACGUAUAUGUAAAUAAGAGUUAGGUGAAUUUAUUUACUAAGUACUGAGCUCCAAUAGUCAUUGAUUUAAAAAGAUUACUCUAAGCAGGUCAUGAAUUAUUUUCCAAUAACUUCUUCAUUUAAUUUCCUUAUCAUCAAUAGAAGCUUUUUAGAGUUAUUCCUCCUAAAUGAUGUUUUUUUUUUUAUCACAUGAGCAGCUGUUGUAUGUUUGAACAAACACCUAUAGAAAUCGAAUUAUAAUAGUGGGGUUCCAUUUAAAGGGAGACCUACAGUUGUACAUUUACUAUAUUUACACUUGAACAGUUUUUGCAAAAUUUAAAUUAAGUGAAUACUAUACUUAGAUACAGUGUACAGGUAUUUAUGCAUUGAAAUAAUGCAAGAACCAACUUAACAAAUCUAUGAGCAUUUCUUAAAAAAAUCUAAUUCCUUUUCAAUGUUCAAAUCAGGGCAUGAUAGUUACCUACGAAGAAUGUUUUACGAAAAUUUUGUGUCAGUUGAAUUUUUGAUAUGAGGAAAGGAGGGAAUUUUUUAUUGAGUGAUUUUUAAUGUAAGCACAAUUGCAUUUUCGCUACAAGUUUUUGCAUUGGGUUUUAGAGUGGGUGAUGCUUUUUGAUGAUGAUUGCAGUAUCACGAUGGUUUUAAGUUAGUAAGCAUUAAAAAAAAAUAACAGAAAGAUUUGUGAAAGAAAUAGCAUGAUUAAGCAAUUCUAUUUAAUUUAUUUCAUUAUUUGUUCUGUGACUGAGAUCUAGGCAAUAUGCCCUGUAGUCUGGUCAAUUUGUUUGCACCCAGAGGAAACAAAAUCUCCGCAAAGACAUUGGUUUGUCGAUCGAGGCAUAAAGUGUUGCACAUCCAUGACAUCACUUUGCUGACAUCAUGAUGUUCUGUUCAGUAGUACUUUCUCAUUGUACCACACCACUGUACAUUCAUUAUAAUAAGUAACUUUAGUUUCUGGUAUUAUAUAUGAAUGUGAGAAUUCUCCAUUCAGCCUAGUUUUAUUUAAUACAACAGGAUACAAAUGUAUGACAUCAAAUCAUGAUUUGUUAUCCUUCUUAGAUUUCGAGACGUAUUUCAAAAUCAUGAACUGUAUUUUUGGAUACAUCUCCACAUGAAAAUAAAUGUGUUUUGUUAAGUGCUCUUUGACCUGUUGCUUAAAAAUAUUAUGGUCAUGUGUCUAUUUGUGGACUUUAGUCUAAUAUAAAACCAAUAUGCCAAUUUUUAUGUAAAAUUUAUUAGAUAGUAAUAUUGAAUUGUGACUUAUUAUUUCAAUUAGAUUUCAGAUUUGAUUUAAAAGUUGUUGAUGAUAGGGGAUGAAGAAUUGAGAUGAUGAUAUGUCAGUGAUGAUGUCAUGAUAACUUAGUUAUAAGUUCUGGUCAUUUUGUUGCUAUUUCACUUAUGCAUGUUAUUUAUACUGAUUAUGAUUUUUAAUAAAUUUCAAUGAGUAAAGAA